CACAUCCGCAACUAACUGCCGAGGCUAAGCAAAUGCCUUUACGCGUCAAGCAUCUGGAUGGGGGGUUUUGGGAGUGGCGCGGCUGUCGUGGAAGACCGGCAUAUUUUCUCACGUCACCAGGGAGAGGGGGGAAUUUAGCGCUGAUUGGCUCAAGAUUAUAGCAAAAGUAAAAAAGUGUAACCUCAGCACUAUUUCGUUUAGCGGCGGCAUGCGAAUGUAUUUAUAGCGCGUGUUUACAUCGAGGUCAGAAAAUGUAUAGUCGCCUGUCUCCAGUGAUUGUACUUCUGAUUGACACACGGGCUCACGAUCAUAAAUCAAAGUGUCGCUGAAUGAAUCAUUGGACAGUUUCCUAGUCCGGUAAUAUUGAGUCAACAAUAUUUAGUGCAGCCAUCUUGAAAACACUCGGUAAGAUACUUCCAUAGAAGCAGCAUCCACUUAGACCCCCAAGUAUUGGUUUGAAAAUACUGUCUUCAACAAUGUCACUGUCUACACAAUGGAAACACCUACGGAGCUGCAUUUGCAUUUCAUUGACUCUUCUCGUAGCCACGUGCAACCGCGUGACGCCCCAGAGCCCCACAGUCUCCGCCACUGCUCACACGUCACUUUGCUCAUACACUGUGGUGGUGAACGAGUUUGACGUCUCCAAGUGCCCCACCUUCAACGACCACGCCCAGUCCGACUGGGUGGAGCACCAGUCCAGGCAAACAGACUCUCGCGACCACAAAGACCAAAGCCCAGAAUUCCAAAAGGCCAAUGCUCAAUUCGUCCCCGGAGACUCGAAAUUCGGGACAAAAUCCUCCAGAUCCAGAGGCAGCAGCGAGGAUGUGGUCAACACAAGCUCCCUGAUAAAAGACAUGGAGGCGAAGCUCUUGGAGGAGAUGCUUCGGAAUAGGGAGCUUAACGCCACGUUGACCCGCCACGAGCUUCUGCUCAACAGUGCCGAGAAGACCCUGGAGGCUUACAAGGCCAACUUUAGCAGCGUCUUCCGCACCAUGAUGAUGAUGGAGAGAAAGCUGCAGCACCAGAGAAAGAUCAACAAAUCCCUGAACAAGAAACUGUCCAACGUCCUCCUGGACGUGGUGGAGGUGAACAACGUGCUGAGCAACAAACUGCCCACUGGAGACGCCAAGAAGACCGUCAAAAAGUACGCCGUUGAAAGUAGCACAGACAUGAGGUCAUGUCCAGGGAUUACAGACAGCAGUCAAAAAUUUAAAGAUUGUACGGAGGUGUAUGAUGCCGGCCACCACACCAGCGACAUCUACUUCAUCAAGCCGCUCUACUCUGGCUGCCCCAUUCCGGUAUGGUGCGACAUGGACACGCCCAAGGGGGGCUGGCUGGUCAUCCAGAGGCGGAGGGACGGCUCCGUCAACUUCACCCAGAGCUGGGACAAGUACAGGUCGGGCUUCGGUGACGUCAGCGGCGAGCACUGGCUGGGGAACGACAACAUUUUCCUGCUGACCAACCAGGACAGGUACCAGCUUCGCGUGGACCUCUGGGACUUUGCAGGGAACAGAGUGUACGCUGUCUACUCAAGUUUUAAAAUUGAUGGAGAAAGAGACGGCUACAAGCUCCACAUUACAGGCUACAGCGGCAGCGCCCAGGAUUCACUCCACAAGCACAACGGUAAAAAAUUCUCCACCAUGGACAAAGACAACGACGCCCGCAGGGACGCCAGCUGCGCCCAGGAAUGGGAGGCCGGCUGGUGGUUUGACAACUGCUGGUUCGCCCUGCUCAAUGGCCCCUACCAGAACCGCAGCGACGUGACGUGGCGGGGUCUAGCGUGGAACCACUGGAAGAGAGAGCAGCUGAAGGCAACAGAGAUGAAGAUUAGACCUUUACAAGAUGACUCCCACCAAGAGGACUGAUCUUUGCUUAUAUUAGUUUAUCUCAAUCUAUUGAUAUCUAUACAAUGUCUAUGUGCAACAAGGUUUGAAUGUUUAUGUGCAUAAAUCGCUAAAUUUAAUACAUGAGACCACGUGACUAGAGAUCAAACUAUUCCAAACAAGUAAUUAGCGAGAGCUCUUCCAACGCUGAAAGCUCCAUAUUAUUGUGAAUCCAAUGCUUCAGAGUUGCGCGAAAGAGAACAUCGUGGAACAUUGUGUGCAAUUAGUUCUAGGGUAACAGCUUCCAAAUCAUUGGAAGCCACUUCACAGUUAGGUUACCAAGAACCAAUCAUUGCAUUAUUAAGUUUUCAACAUUUGGAGCUAUCAUUGAGGGAAUGUUUUCACUUUAUCACUGCAAUAUUAAGUUAACUCUAAGGCGACUGAUUGGGAGAAUGUUUUGGCUGUAUUGCAAUAUCAAGUUAACAUCUCUAAGGCGACUGAUUGGGAGAAUGUUUUGGCUGUAUUGCAAUAUCAAGUUAACAACUCAAAGGCGACUGAUUGGGAGAAAGUUUUGGCUGUAUUGCAAUAUCAAGUUAACAACUCAAAGGCGACUGAUUGGGAGAAAGUUUUGGCUGUAUUGCAAUAUCAAGUUAACAUCUCUAAGGCGACUGAUUGGGAGAAUGUUUUGGCUGUAUUGCAAUAUCAAGUUAACAACUCAAAGGCGGCUGAUUGGGAGAAUGUUUCGGGCUAUAUCUUUGCAAUAUUAACUUAACAACUCUAAGGCGACUGACUGAGAGAAUUUUUUGGGCUAUAUCUUUGCACUAUAUAAACUAUAUAUACAUAUAUAUGAAUACUAAAAAAAAAAAAAAAAAAAGCUCUAUGUUCAAGUCCGUGUACGAAACGCUGGUUCAGAAUAUAACAUUUCACUUUAAUGUGAUCACAAAACAUUUGAGACACACCGGUGAAACUCAGGCGAUGAUCAAAACUCAAGGAUGAAUGAUGGUGAAGCAGUUCCCAUGGAGGCUAGUAGAAAUAGGAGUUGGGGAAAGGGCUUGAAAAAUGUUAGAAACUUUAAAAGCAUAGGAGCCAACAAGUACAUCGUUGUUAACUAUUGACACUUGAUGGUUUAGAGUCCGCUAAGGUCAAGAAGUCAAUUGUGUCGUUGGUAAGCUUAUUCUGCAAAGUUCCCUAAAGCGACCCCUAGUGGAAAAAUUAUUUCAACCAAUCGUAGGCGAGAAACGUCGGUGUCACGUGGUACACAGACAGAGGAGCCUUUGACGAUGGAAUCUUUGAGAAGCAGACGUUGAAGCCUUGGUGAGGCAGACGGCAGAGUCUUUGUGGGGGCAGACGGUGGAACCUGAAACACGGUACAACUUGAAGGCGGGUGUUUGAUUCUUUCAGUACAGACAAAAAUAGAACAAACAUUGGCAACAUCUCCAUACUUCUGUGCAGUGGGGCAGACGAAUGUCCCGGAAGUACAGAUUUAGAUCAAUCAAGAUUUCGUUCCAUGGCGUACACAUUUCAAGAAUGGGGCCCACGAGGCAGCCAGCCUGGAGAGCGAGCAUUGAAAACGUACAGUUUGUUCAAAUCUUUAACAGUGUGUCAAGAAGCAUUGGAGGGCGUGUCUUGAACAGAAAACAUCAAAGGAAAACGAAAACGCCACUGACGCUGUUAUUUACCAUAAAAAUUUUAAACCUAAUGUUGCUCCGUUUAAAACGCGAGAUCAGCGUGUGGCGCUAAUAGAAUUUGGAUGUGAAAUAGGGCAAUAAAACGUACCCAAGUGCUUUGAUGGAGUUUCACACAAAAAAAAACGUGAAGAGCUAAACAUACUUGAUUCUUUCCCAAGUGUUAAUGAGGAACGUAUUGGAACAAGGGGAACAUGCAGAAUUAGGCGACGGUGAGAUUGUAAGACAUAAUCUUAUUUUGGCUGCCCCAAGUGAGUUGACAUUAGAAAUGUCAUGAACCAGAUUUGAAUGGAGCAAUGCCUUCACCUUAUUUACAGAAAGUGUGCUUUUUAAUUCCCCGAAGUAAAACUGCAAUUUUUAAGUUUACAUAAUUAGCCUGCGCCUAUUUUUUGAACUACUGGCGUAGUACCAAAUUUUCUAGUUGUGCUAAGCGGUUACUUCACACUUCAAUGAACGCAAUAUUGUAUUUGAUGACUCGGGAAUAAGAACUGGAAUUGUAAAAAAUAAAUGAAUCCCACUUCUAAGCCUGGUGUAUACACACAUGCGUUGAUUCACAGGCACUCUACUUUCAGUUCAGUUGAUUGACUAUGAUGCUUGUGUGAUCCCUGAAUCUGAAGGUAGAUAUACUUUGUCAUAUCAAGCUAGUUCACUUUGUAGCUAGUACUUGACCAAGUCUAUGUGUGCCUGUAUAUCUUGGGAUGUGCAAUAAAUCUUUGACAAUCAGAGUCUACAUCAACAUCUUUUGGCUUACGCUCUAAACAAAAAUGUUAAAUCAGGUCAAAAUAAAAAAAAAAAGUUAGCAAUAUGCCAACUAGAAGAAUUAACAGUAUCAUAAUUACUUAGGAGAUUUCUCCUUUCUCAGCAUUAUCCAAUUUAUUUGACAGAUGUGUUUUAAUAUUUGAUGACAUGAUAAUGUUUGCACCACUCAUUAUUGGAGGAAAUGUAGUGGUGAUUUUCAAUAUUUUCAUACAUGGUGAAAAAAAAACUAUAAAUAGCUAGCAUUUGGUGUAUCCGGUGUAUAGGAAAAGGGCAGGGCUGAUAAGCUAGGUGUUUUUUUGAAGGUCAAGGACAUUCGAUACGACGAUCAACUGUCACGCAUUUAUAGCUCACUUCUUUUUGAUUGCCUUGGCAUCGAUGAAAUUCGAUGUAGCCUCCUAGACAUUCUUGAUCGUGAAACUAUUCCUAAAUAGAUUUGAAAGUUCCUAACCCAAGAGAAGGAUUCAGAAGUGGGAGAACAGCGCAACGGUUUGCGACCAAUGAAGUGUGAUUUUGUAAAACGUAACACACCGUCAAUAAUGAAAUUGAGGGUCGCAGAAGGGAGAUAAUCACUGCUGUUAUUUUUCGGUCAUGCUACCAGCUGGUUAAACCAAUAAAAAAAGACUUAAGGUUGACAUAAAUGAGCUGGAUAAAUAUUCCAUUUCUUCACUCUUGCAAUACCUUUUCAUUAGCAUAGUAGGCCUACAAACCGAAUUAAUCAGACAGAGGAAUAACAGACGAGGUACAGUGUAUAUCCCAAUUUUACAAUCGGAGCUUCAUUGGAACAUUGUUACAAUUUUCUACAGGCAAGAACUAUUAGCAUUGUCAAAAUGUGUUUCGGAAAACUUAUUCACGCUUUGCAUAAGUUUUGUGUGUUUUUAGAUUAUUAUAAAUUGCAUCGCUGCUAUCCAAUAGUUGAAUGAUCAUCAAUUGUAAAUUAUAUUUCAUGAAAAAAAAAUUACAUAUUAUGUUCCAUUAGUCCGUUUUAUUUCACAUAUUCAAAGAGCUAUUGACCACAUUGAGUUGGUACAACAUCUUGAAUGUAUUGGAGCAUUUCAUGUAUGGCGGGGAAUGUUUAAACAGUUAGCUUUUAGGUGUUUCCGGCGUAUAAAAUAAAGAACUAUUUGAUAA